CGCAUUUGCUCACAUGCUGAAAUUAUAAGCAGUUAGGCAGUACCUUGAACAGUACCUACAGUUUCUGGAAUAUGAAGGUUGUAGUUAAGAAUCUGGGUAAAUAUUUCUUGAUGGUCUUCUCUGUCAGUUGAAAUGUCUAUGAUUUUAUCUGCCUCAGUCAUUCGUCUCAGAGAUGGACUGCCACUUUCUGCUUCUACUGACUAUGAACAAGUCACAGGCGUGCAGGAAUGCAGAAAGUAUUUUAAAAUGCUCUCGAGGAAACUUGCUCAGCUUCCUGAUAGAUGUACAUUGAAAACAGGACAUUAUAACAUAAAUUUUAUUAGCUCUCUGGGAGUGAGUUACAUGAUGUUGUGCACUGAAAAUUACCCCAGUGUUCUGGCCUUCUCUUUCCUGGAUGAGCUUCAGAAGGAGUUUAUUACUACUUAUAACAUGAUGAAGACAAAUACUGCUGUCAGACCAUACUGUUUCAUUGAAUUUGAUAACUUCAUUCAGAGGACCAAGCAGCGAUAUAAUAAUCCCAGGUCUCUCUCAACAAAGAUAAAUCUGUCUGACAUGCAGAUGGAAAUCAAGCUGAGACCCCCUUAUCAAAUUUCCAUGUGUGAGCUGGGGGCAGCCAAUGGAGUCACAUCUGCAUUUUCUGUUGACUAUAAAGGUGCUGGUAAGAUUUGUUCUGCUCACCAGCGAUUGGAACCAGCAACUCUAUCAGGCAUUGUGGCAUUUAUUCUUAGUCUUUUAUGUGGAGCUCUGAAUUUAAUUCGAGGUUUUCAUGCCAUAGAAAGUCUCCUGCAGAGUGAUGGUGAGGAUUUUAAUUACAUUGUUGCAUUUUUCCUUGGAACAGCAGCCUGCCUUUACCAGUGUUAUUUACUUGUCUACUACACUGGCUGGCGGAAUGUGAAAUCCUUUUUGACUUUUGGCCUAAUCUGUCUAUGCAACAUGUAUCUUUAUGAACUGCGCAACCUCUGGCAGCUUUUCUUUCACGUGACUGUGGGAGCUUUUGUCACGCUACAGAUCUGGCUGAGGCAAGCCCAGGGCAAGGCUCCUGAUUAUGAUGUCUGACACCAUCCUUCAGACUAUUGCCUUGGCUUCUGGGGAAGAAGGAGGGAGCAUAUCUUAACUGCCACUGUGAUGAAGAAACUGUUCACCACAAAUGAGAAGCUCUGCUUUCUUUCCCUCCAACUGUCCUUUUUUGUUUUAAGUCAGCAUGGCGUGCCUGGGAGCAUGCAAUACCUGCUAGACAAACUCCUCUCAGAGUAAUGUUGGCCUUGAGAUCAUUAUUCAGAGGAAAAGAAGACUUCUCUCUGCAGGGUCGUAACAGUGGAAGAACAGUUAGAAACCAUUGGAAGACUUGGCCAGCAGUCACAAAUCCCUCUGAAGAGCUCAUUCAAAAUAACUUUAUGUGGUACUUGCUCUGAGGACCAAGCAGGGACUCUACAACCUGGGCUUGCCUUUGUGAGGCAUUAGUAUAGACCAAAUUUAAAAAAUGCUGCAGUAAAUUGAAAAGUUUAUGUUUAAAACCACCAGAUUACUGAACAGAUUUAUGAUACCAUGAAUUUAAGUCCAGGAUGGUGUGCAGUUAGUUCCUUUUUUCUCUUAUAUUUUUGCUUGAAUCUUUACUCUGGAAAUCACCUGAUGUAGGAGAAGGCUAUGGUGAGCUUAUCUCUGGAACAUCCCAAGUAUUGAAAACACAGUGAUACCUGUUUCCUUUCUAAGUCCAUGUUUGUAGUUGCUUUUGAAAUCACUUUUUAAAAUUAUGAUUCAUUAGACUACAGCCAUUAUUUCCCAAACUAAGUCACUUAAGUAUUGAGUACUCUGUGUAUUAUUAUUGACUUAAUAUUUAUGUCUUAAAAUUAAAAUAUUUUAACAAGAAAUUAAUCUCUACUCCAGAUGGAAAACCAGCAUCAGUUUGCCAUACAUAAAAGGUAACUAAAAAUAAAUAAAACAAAAAAUGUUACUAAAUUCUAGCUACACACUAAUGCCUGCCAAGGCUCUGGAUCCAAGAGGCCUGUUCUUUAUCUGUUAUAGUGAGAGAGAUGUUACCCAGCACAAAACGGGGGGCUCUCUGUGGAAUUAUCAGGAGGAUAAAAGAAAAAUGUAAAGGGAAUGACAUUCACACUGUGAUUCAACAUUAUUUAACUCUGUGUUAUGUACCACCUAAAAUCAUCUGUAGGCCAUCAGUGGUAUGGGCCCUACACUGAACUAUACCGAGAGUCAGAAGGUGACUAUUCUCCCAGAGACUCUUACCAUUUUAUGACUUUAAGGAGUUAAGCACCUAGUGUCUUAGAAAACUUACUUGUUUUCUGAAACAUUAUAAAGAUUGUUCAAGCAGUUAUGAAUUAAAAAUAUAGGAAGUACAGUUUGAUUCCAUUGGCAAAAUCUACAGCUCUCCUGGCUUUGGAAGUUAUCAUCAUGAGAGAAUUUUUGUUUUUGUUUUUAUUUUAAAGAAGUGAUUCCAAACAAGGAAUUCAUAAGGUACUGAAAUUUGAUAUCCAGAAAAACAGUGGACCCAUUACAUAUAAUUUAUGUUACUGGGCAUAUUUAUUAAGCAGAAGAAAUAGUCCAGAGGGUAGUCAUUGAGCUACCUUAUUUGCCUGAACCAGUAUGAGUAGGUAUGUCUACAACUGUAAAAUCUUGCUUAACUAGAACCUUUUUCGUGCAUCCUCCUUUAGGAGAGAAUGAGGCAAAAGACAAUAAGUGUAUGAUAUCAGGGAUUUAUUUAAAACAAGAAACUCCAAUUCACCCCAAUUUUCUGCCUCUAUCAAAACUGUAUAGAAAUUAUGUCUAUUCUGAGAAAUACCCCAAGGUCCCUCAUGAUCCUAAAUCACUGAAUAAAAUUAUGUUUGGUAUUUUGUACUUAACAGCCAGAAAAGUGAAAUGAUUCAACUUAGAAAGGUUUCUCUAAACUAAUGGUUAGAAUAAGGGGAGUUUUUUUGUAAAUAGUCAAUUAGCCAGCAGGUUGGAGCAUUCUGGUUAAUUGUGACUGCUGUCAGUUCACAACUCUCCUACAAGUUUGGUUCAGUUUGGUUCUCCUUUCAUUGAAUUACUGAGUUAUGUUUGGUGUAUGUGGAUCUAUUUAGCAAGGACACUUGAAAACUCACCAGCUACCUUUAAAUGCUUAAUUUUGUUUUUGCUUUUGUUUUAUUUUUUCAACAGCUAUUUUGGUUAAAAGGAUGUUUACAUCUUAAUGUAAAAAAAAAAGGUAUAAAAAAUUUUUAUGUAAAUAGAAGUGCUUUCUUUCAUUAUUUAGUGCCUGCAUCUCUGAGUUGUCUAUAUAACUUCCCUGUCUCUAUCAUGUUAUUGCCAAAGAAACUGAAUCUGAAAGAUAAAAUUUUGCCAUGAGUGUAAAGAAGUCCUAAGGCUCUUGAGAAAGAACACUUAGGCCUCUAAUGUGUGUGAUGGUAAGAGUUUUCAUUUAUACUGCACUUUCACUUCUAAGAGCAAGUCCUCAUUUACCUAAUCAUAAUGAGUUUCAUAGGGUGGGGGGAGUAGUGGCUGCCCUCAGGGUAUGAAAGAGCGACCUAGAACUCGGGUAAUUAGAUAGUAAUGACUUAGCUAGGGUCAUAGAGCUAAGCACACACCAUUUAUAAUCUUUUAGCCCAGGGCUUUUCCCCCAAAACAGGAGGCUAAUGGAUAACUAUGAUUAUAUCAGGGAAUAUGUCUAUUCUUGGUAAAAUCAAGGAAUUGGUGGUUUCUUAAAAUAGUGAGCACAGGCCUGCUAUUGUCAGAUCUAGGUGUACAUUAUAUUUAAUUCAAAAAUACUGCCUUUUGGUUAAGGUGUGAUGUGAGGGCAAAAAUACUCUUUUUUAAAAUAUUUUAAAAGUCAUUGCAAUAUUUGCUUGCUGUUUAGGUCUGUAUUUGAAAUGUUUUUAUACUGGGAUCUUUCCCAAAAAAAUUUGAAGCGUCAUACCAAGAAAAGAAAUAUACAAUAAUUUAAAUAAAAUAUGAACAGAAGUGGGAAGAAAAGAUCAGUGAAAAUGAAAGGAAAGGUGAACACAGUGCUGUUAGGGGGUGUAAAGUGAGACUCUUGAGCUUCUCGAAAGUCAAGGAGAGAGAAGGGAAACGAGUUUCACCUCACUCUGGCUCUGUCCGAAAGUCAGAGCACACCAGUUCCUGAGGGGAGACUUCUUCCUGAUGAAUACUAGUAAAAAUGUUCUCACUUAGAGUGUCCUGUGAAAUGUGCAAUGCUGAAAAUGAACAAAGUCCUCAGUUGUUUUACAUGCAUAUGCAUGUUAUGAUUGUGCUUUGGAAUUCAGCCCAUACCAGCUUUCAAAAGCUUUCAUUUGAGGGGUUUUUUUGUGUGUGGAGUUAAUAGACGAUUUUGGUCCCAUAAGUAAGAAAUCUUGUCCUAAGCUAAAAAUAAGUAUCUGAGUUUAAGCUUGAAAAUCCAUUUUAGGCAAAUGCUUGGAGAUGUGGAGAACCUUUACUUGACUUUGUGAUUUAUAACUUAUGUAGAGUGAGUGUGUUGUGCUUGGAUUAGCACAUUUAUGCUGUGCGAAAUGUGGUCUUUUUUUAAAUUUUAUUUUAUUUUAUUUAUUUAUUUUUUGAGAGGGCAUCUCUCAUAUUUAUUGAUCAAAUGGUUGUUAACAACAAUAAAAUUCUGUAUAGGGGAGUCAAUGCUCAAUGCACAAUCAUUAAUCCACCCCAAGCCUAAUUCUCAUCAGUCUCCAAUCUUCUGAAGCAUAAUGAACAAGUUCUUAAAUGGUGAACAAAUUCUUACAUAGUG